UCUUGCGGUCUUGAAGUUUUCCUGUUAUAAUGGUCAGAACUUUACUGUUGAUGGUGUUGCCUCUCGUUGGGUGAUCGACUUCGACAUUCAAAUGGUUGCUAACGUUAUAUUAAGGCUCUGUCCGGAACUUUGAACCAAACCUUCUGCCCUAUCUCACAUUGUAUGCCCAGAAUGGCCUUUUGAUGUCCUGGAUUAUAUCUUCGGAAGCAUCUCACCUAGCUCGGGGACAAGCAUCGGACUGUUAGGAUACCUGCCUGAGUCUGUCAAAGCACCAAAAGCUCCUUUGUUUUCUCUGGAGACUCUGUGUGUAGACCGCCAACAACGACGCGAGCCAGUAUAUCAUUGACAACAAUGACUACUUCCGAGCCAACGACGACUUCCUCGAGGAGUGAGAAUGACGGAGAUACCAUCUACAAGCUACUCUUCUACGUCCCCCAAACGCAUACGCAAGCAUGUCUCGACGCAGUCUGGGCUACUGGCGCGGGAACAUGGCCUAACGGACCUGGUCACGAGCCAGGCGCCCUACCAAAGUAUACGGACACAUGCUUCGUGUCGACGGGCACGGGGCAGUUUAAGCCCGCUGCACAUGCCGAUCCCAAUAUUGGCAAGCCUGGGGUUGUUGAGUACGUGGUUGAGGAUCGGGUGGAGAUGGUGGUUAUAGGCAAGGGGGCUGUUCGAUGGGCGGUGGAUGAGCUGAGGGGGGCGCAUCCGUAUGAAGUUGUUGCUUAUUUUGUCAUCAAGUGUGACAGCUUCUAGACUACAGUACAUCGUGGAAGACCCUUGAGAACGGACGGAUGGAGAGAAUGAUAUU